CGUUUGAAAAUUUUGGAUCUAGCUCCCCUAAAUUAACGAUUAAUUUGUUUAGUAGUAGCUUCCAUAUUAUGUUGGUGUUGAUUGUCAUUUUUAGAGACAUUUGAACCCUAAUUUUACUGUUAUCCGAAACCCUAAUUUGUCGGUUGGGGAACAUUUGGGAUUUAUUGGAACCCUAAUUUUUUUAGAUGACAAAUUAAAAAUGGUAGGGUUGAAUUGGAUCGUUAUUGGUAAAGCAUAAGUCACGAUUUGUCCAAUGCGUAUAAAUUGAGGCUGAUUUUACUGUUAUCCGAAACCCCAAUUUGUCAAUUGGGGAACAUUUGGGAUUUAAUGGAACCCUAAUUUGUUGAGAUGAAAAAUUAGAGACGGUAGGGUUGAAUUGGAUCGUUAUUGGUAAAGCAUAAGUCAUGAUUUGUCGAAUGCGUACAAAUUGGGGCUGAUUGUACCCAGAUUUGCGAAAUUGGGAAAUUAGGGUUUAUAAUUUAUCGAAUUGGGUGUUUUGGAUUUUUAAAUUCUAAAAUUUUAAUCUGAAAAGGCAUAUUAUUGGCAUGCUAUAACUUAUGUGUGGUAUCCUAUUUUUAGUAGGUGUUACAUGAAGAUCAUGACAUCCCAAUCACAUAGCUCCCCAGGAUCUUGUAGUCAUGUUGAUUAUGAAAGGUUAUGCAAAUGUGGUCUGUUAGCUUCGUUUAGGACAUCCUGGACAGAUUUUAACUAUGGACGUCGUUUCUAUAAUUGUCCUGCAAUGAAGUGUGACUAUUUUGUCUGGGUUGAUCCUCCUCGACGCAUCCAACAACGAACUAGUAGACAACCAAGGAAUCAAGCGAGUACAUGUUUUGUUAAUCCAGUAGCUGAAGAAGAAGAGAAUAGUGGCCAUGAGAAUGAAGAUGCCAAAAUUAAAAAACUGGUGGAUGGAAUGAAGUCCAGGGACCAAAUGUUGUUGACCGUAGUUUUUGGAAUUCUUGUGGUGGUCCUAAUUACGUUAUUGCUUGUUAUUUUGAAGUUGUAAUUGUUGUGUUUAUUGUCUUCGAAUUCUUGUAUUAGACUAAGUGUGGAUUAUGCUAAAUUUUAGCAUUUUGGUGCUUAAGUACAUUUUGGUGGUUAUAAGUUAAGUACAUUUUUGUGGUUAUAAGUA